AACAAUGUGCCGUUUUUCUCUAAAUAUCCUCAAUUCUCCGUGAGUUGACAGCUUGUGUAGGGAAUAGUCGAGCAGUACAGCUGUCUUAUAUCAGCUGGCCUUCUUACCGUUCAAUAUAAUAUUUGAAUCCGUCCUGGCGAGCUGCAUGAGAGCUAGCAUGCCUGGCUAACAGCGGGGGCAGAUGUCUCAUGCUGAGACUCAUUAGAGAGGAGGGUGUGAGGAUACUGGCCUCCAUGGUAACGCAGACCUGCCUCAGCUGCCAUGUCCUCCAUGUCUGUGUCAACAUCCACUGGUAGUAGUGGUGGGGAUGCUGCAGCUGCCAUGGCAACCCAGGCGUCUGAGCAGGCCCUGCUGGCAUCAGACCGCUACGCCAGACUCAUCCUGGCCCAGAUGAACAAGAUGCGACUCCGCACUGACUUCUGCGAUGUGGGGCUGAAGGUCGGCGGUCAGGUCUUCAUGGUCCAUCGAUUAGUGCUUGCCGCCAGCAGUCCCUACUUCUCUGCUUUGUUCUCUGGUGGGAUGAGGGAGGCGGACAAAGAUGAAGUGCAGAUCCUCGGGGUGGACACUGAAGUGUUUGAGGUUUUGCUGGACUUCAUAUACACAGGAGUGAUCAGCGUCACAGUGGAGAACGUUCAGGAGCUGAUGGUGGCGGCGGACAUGCUUCAGCUGAACGAGGUGGUGUCCAUCUGUGGGGAGUUUCUUAAGGGCCACAUGGACCCAUCCAACUGUGUGGGCAUCUUUCAGUUCUUGGAGCAGAUUGCCUGCUUGGAAAUGCUGGAAUUUACUGAGAAUUAUAUCCAUGUUCAUUUCUUGGAGGUGUGCGUCACAGAUGAAUUCAGGGGCCUGUCAAAGGAUCAGUUGGUGAGACUUUUAAGAAGCGAGGAGCUAAGGAUCGAGGAUGAGUACCAGGUGUUUACUGCAGCAAUGGACUGGGUUCUCCAAGAUGUGGCGAAGAGGAAAAAACAUGUUGUGGAGGUGUUGGAACCGGUCCGCUUUCCUCUGCUUUCUCCACAGAGGCUGUUCAAGUACAUAGAGGGUAUUACUGACUUCAGCCUGCGGGUGGCGCUGCAGACUCUGCUGAAGGAAUACACUGAAGUCACAAAGUCUCCCAAAGAAAAUAAGAUGUACAGUCAGCUGCAACCAGCCAAGAUGAGACCCAGAAGAAAAGCCAGGAAAUACCUUUAUGCCAUAGGAGGCUACACUCGGCUGCAGGGCGGCCGUUGGAGCGACAGCCGGGCGUUAAGCUGCGUGGAGCGUUUUGACACCUUCAACCAGUACUGGACCACCGUGUCGUCACUGCAUCAGGCCCGCAGUGGGCUGGGAGUUGCAGUCCUGGAAGGCAUGAUCUAUGUAGUGGGAGGGGAGAAAGACUCGAUGAUUUUUGACUGCACAGAGAGAUAUGACCCAGUUACAAAGCAGUGGGCUGCUGUGGCGUCUCUGAAUUUUCCUCGCUGUGGAGUCGGCGUCUGCCCCUGCCAUGGCGCUUUGUAUGCUCUUGGUGGUUGGAUCGGCUCUGAGAUUGGGAAGACGAUGGAACGAUACGACCCAGAGGAGAACAAGUGGGAGGUCAUUGGCAGCAUGGCAGUUCCUCGCUAUUACUUUGGCUGCUGUGAGCUACAAGGAUUUAUUUAUGUGAUUGGAGGGAUCAGUGAUGAAGGAAUGGAGCUACGUUCAGCAGAGGUAUAUGAUCCCAUCUCCCGGCGAUGGAGCGCUCUGCCCGUCAUGGUCACACGUCGGGCCUACGUGGGUGUCGCCUGUCUGAAUAACUGCAUUUACGCUGUGGGCGGCUGGAAUGAGGCACUGGGCGCUUUGGAGACUGUAGAGAAAUACUGUCCUGAAGAGGAGAAAUGGGUGGAGGUGGCCCCUAUGUCCACUGCUCGUGCGGGUGUGUCAGUGUCAGCAGUUAACGGGCUGCUGUACGCAGUCGGAGGAAGAGCUGCCAGCAGGGAUUUCUCUGCACCUGUGACGGUGGAUUCAGUGGAGAUCUACGACCCUCACCUGGAUACCUGGACCGAGAUCGGAAACAUGAUCACCAGCCGCUGCGACGGCGGACUGGCUGUGCUCUGACAGUCAAACUGUGAACCUCAGUAUCAGCACCUGAAUCAUCCCAGAACUGCAUAACCUGCAGUAAAGCUGCACCUUAAGGAACACAUAGAAAAGAUGUGUUUAAGUCUCAAAUAGGCUUUUACAUUAUUAUGUUAUUUAUACGUGGAUGUUUGAUACAUGAAUAUGACAGUACUGGAAACUGCCAAAACGGCCUCCGCUUACUCUGAGUGACAACACGUUUAUUUUCCUGACUUAUUUAUAUCUGAAGACAAGCCUAUCCUGAUGAUGAUGAUAGUUUUUCACAAUGGAGGACUUCUAUUUUUGAUGAACUGAGAUGUUUUUUGAUAAGUGUCAGAGUCCUGUGUGGACUGACAGUAAUGUUCUUGGCUAUGAUGUGAAAGCACUGUUUUGUUUUGUUUUGUUUUUGUUUGUUUACUUGGAUUUUUCCUCAAUGAAAUGCUUGAGACGUUUGCAUUACUACUUUAUCAAACCACUUGAGCCUGGUUAACAAUGGAACCAAAUGAAACUUAUGGCUUUUUAAGUUUCAUGGUUAGUGAUUUCUGUAAACUUGAACAACAUGCUACUAUUAUGACAGCAGUACAGUGAUCAGUACGGUGUCUCCACUGGAUGACUUUUGUAUAUAUAUCAGUGUAAAUACCAGUGCCUCUUUGUCACCAUUUCCUCUUUAAUUCACCCAAGUACAGACUGAUUUAUCAUUUCACUCCAGAGGCACUUUUUGAUGUUAACAUACUCAGUCUAAUGAUUCAAAGAAGUAUGUUUACCAUCUUUACUGUAAAGUGUCAUGCUUCUUCUUAUGAUGAUGAUGAAAUACAACAGCAGUGCCACAGUUAGGGUUUUCUAACUUGUGUGGUUAUCUCUUUGCAAACAGCAUAAUGUUACACAACAGCAACAUGUUUGUUUGCUUUUUAGACUUAAUAAACUUCACUUAAGUGUU